AUGCCACCCGGCGCAAGAGCUUCUAGGAACUGUGGCAACUGCCGUGCGAUCAAACGACGUUGCGAUAAGCAGAUCCCGACAUGUGGACAAUGCAUUCGUGCGCACGACCAAUGCUCGGGAUACCGAGAUGAAUGGGAGCUCUUGUUUCAUGACCAGACUAGCCAGACCAUUAAGCGAUCGAAAGAGAAAAUGGCGCAAUCUAGUUCGAGCAAGAUUCCAAGCAAAACCUCUCUUUUGGGCCCCUCCCGAUCACCUAGUCUCAACACAGACGAUAUAGGCGUCAACUAUUUCCUGUGCCAUUUCGUCGUCGGCGGCUCCUCCCCCUCGCGUGGAUAUCUAAACUAUGUCCCGGGGGUCUUCAAUGACGAGGGUGAGCAACCGACACUUGUGGCGAGUAUGGCAGCUGUGGGGCUCGUGGCGCUGGCGAACUCAACGAAGCAGCCCGAGCUGGCUCACCGUGCACGCACGAAGUACUGGGAGGCGAUCAACAAUGUAAAUGCUGCCUUGGCCUCGCCGGUCGAGUCUGUCAAGGACAGUACGUUGAUGUCGGUGAUCUCACUCACCUUGUUUGAGCAUGUCUCCAACUUCGACAUAUGGUUCCGACAUAUCAAAGGAGCAGUGUCUCUGGUGAUAUCCCGUGGAAAGAGCCAAUUCUCUCGCCCAGUCUCUGUUUUGAUGUUCAACCAAGUUCGUGCGGAUAUGUCGGCUGCCUGCGUUCAUGCCCUUGAACCACUUCCGGAGGAGAUGCUAGAGUUACAGGAUGAAGCAGCCAAGCACCCCGUCGCUUCUUCCGGAUUCUGGCACCUGGGGAGGUUAGCUACACGGGUCACCAAUAUCCUUGCAGGCGUCAGGUUGACCACCGAUCGAGAUGCCUUGGUGUGCUACUUGAAACAGUCGACGGUGCUUCUGGACGACUUCAAAUACGUCUUGGAAAUAUUCACCAAAGAAGAGCCGUACAUGACAGUCCGAGAAUGCGGCGGUGACCCAGAAAUCUUUUAUAACAGUCGCUAUGACAUUUACAAAUCCUCUUGGGCUAUCCGGAUCUGGAACAAUUCGCGAAUUCUCCAGGUGAUAGUUUGCGAGAUUCUGUUCCACCUCUUAACCAAAGGUCUCACCGCGAACCCCACACCAGAUCAACAGGCUCAGAUAGACACGAAGCUUCAAGAGACGUUGCGGAUUAUGUCGACCCUAGGCGACGAUAUACUGGCCACAGUCCCGCAGGCUUUCGGGUAUGUGCCAUUUGGGUCUGAGAAAGACACACCUUCUGAUUUAUCGGCUCACGGAAACAUCUCGGGCAUGUACCUGAUGACCUGGUGUCUCUACACGGUCGGGAAGUCUCCAGUUUCACGAAGCAAAACUCGGCAGUGGAUUAUGAAUCGACUUCGGGAUAUUGGUCAAACUGCAGGCAUCGCAAUGGCGCUGCAGUUCGUCGAUGAUAUAGAUGAGAUAGACAGCUUGGCAGGUCGGGUAUAG